AUGGCCACCGUCACUAAGCCCUUGAUCUUAAUCACUGGUGCAAACCAAGGCUUGGGAUUCGCAACUGCCCAACAGCUGGCCAGCACUGGCAAAUACAAUCUUCUUAUCGGCGCCCGGUCCCAGGAAAAAGCUGAAGGAGCAAUCAAGCAGCUCCAAGAGUUUAGCACUGACAGCUCUUUGACGCCUAUUGUCAUCGAUCUCGAUCAAGACCAAUCUAUCACGGCCGCAGCCAAGCUCGUCGAAGAGCGUUUUGGAUCACUAGAUAUUCUCAUCAACAACGCCGGUAUCAACAGAUCGUCCGACCCAAACGCUACCCUACGCGAGACCUAUCGAGCUGUGUUUGAAACAAAUGUAUUCGGCGUAGCAGUGAUGACUGCUACUUUCUUACCACUACUCCGCGCUUCGAAGUACCAUGACCGGCGUAUUGUCAAUGUGACGAGCGGCCUAGGUCAGAUUGGUAUGGCAUACUCGCCUACUUCGGAGUAUAGUGCUAAGAUAUGGGAGCUGCCCGUCUACCGCAGCAGCAAGUCUGCGAUAAAUAUGAUCAAUGCUGUUGAUGCUGUUAGUCUCGAAAAAGAAAAUAUUCUAUCUGUUUUAGCCGCUCCGGGUUACUGCCGGACCAACUUCGGGGGUGGGAAUGGCGUCAAAUCGGCGGAGGAGGGGGCUCGCCCUAUUGUGAGGGCUGCCACUGAGGGCACGGCGAAGGAGCUGUUUGGAAAGCUUGUGGAUGAUGAGAAUACGCUGGUUGAAUUUGGAUGGUAG